AUGGCGGUGUUUCCCAAACGAUCAUCGGGAGAUGGGCCAAUAACACAUGACUUCCAAGGCUUGACUCGUUCGUCCCACGUCAAUUCCUACGGGAUCCCCAUCGCUAACGCGGGGAAUUAUUUGUUGCGCCAACAACAGCUCCGGCGCACCACGAACGCUUCGGUCUAUCGAACUUCAAUCAACGGCUACGCUGACUCGGAUCGACAAUUCGGCUAUUCAGCGAUCGAGGGAUCGAGAUUCAAUAAUAACAACUUCAGGCAGGGCCCGCUCCCCGCGCUGAGCGAUUCGUCGUGGCACAGAGGCUACUCAUUCGGAUCUGCAGUCGAGCUCAACGCUUGCAAAGAUUUUCUAGCUCGCCUCGGCAGUACUAUCGUGCCGGAUUUCAAUUUUUGGAGCCAAUACGACAUUCUGCUGCGAUGCUCGCAAUGCGAGACGCCCAUCAGAGGAAUGGUGAACAUGGAACACCACAUCAGAGAUCAUCUGGAAUCCGAACGACAUGUGUGUGGCUUUUCUUGCGAUGCCCCCGAGCGAAUGAUGGACAACUCAUGGUCUCCCGAGCGGAACGCUCCGAUGGGGCACUCCGCAGAGAAUCCAACUUCGAGGCUGGAGGAAGAAACCUUAGCCGCUCGCAGCCCUCCAGGAUCGCGUCCGAACGGAGCUCCGAUCGCCGCUCUCGCGGCCAACGUGUCCGCGUGA